CGAGCUGGUUGUCGCACCUGGCCGCUCCCUGUGAGACUCGGUUGUGUGUUUUCAAAGAGACGAAGAUAUAUUUUUCCUUCUUGGAGAGAGAGAGAGAGAGAGAGUCGCUGUUUACCGUUCGUUCUCUUGAAUUCUUGAAGACGACGGCGAUGUGGGUGAACGGCAAAGGGGCAGUGUUGGUGGCGGUCGUGGCGGCACUGUGCCAGGCGCGGGAGGCCUCUACUCGCCGCGAAGGCAUCGAGAGGAGGAUCGGGUCUUCCUCCUCCUCCUCCCCCUCCUCCCCCUCCUCCUCCUCCUCCUCUUCCUCGGAAUCGACCGCUCCUGAGAUCACCCUCGACUCAGCGUCCAUGUUCGGUGUCUCGAACUUGGCCAAACUUAUUUCCAGCGCCCUCAAGGACAAGGAAGCGACCAACGACAAAGACAGCGGAAGCUCCGGAGAGGUCCUCGAAACGACCUCCUCCUUCUUCUCCAGUUCGUUCCCCGCCGCUGCUUCGACCUCCUCCUCCUCCCCCUCGACCUCCUCCUCCCCCCCGACCUCCUCCUCCACCUCGACGACCGAGAGGGACUCCACGCCCAUCGUAGGAGACUCACUCUCGGCCGAGGAGGACAGGGGCGUGACGGAGAAGGGCGAGGAGACGACGGACCCGAACAAGAGCCUGCAGGAACUCCUGAUGGCUCUCGCAGGCAACCAGAAGAAGGGAGAGGGAGACGGAGAAGGAGAGGAAGAGGAAGACAAGAACAAGACGACGGGCGUGAAGUUCGUUCCGGCAACAGCUGGCCAGUUCGGCGAAUUGGGCACAGGGUCCAAGCUGAUGGAGUACCUGCCUGACCUCUCUCAGUACAGCAUCGAAACUGGCAACUACGGGGCCCUCGCUGGUGCCGGCGCCGUGGCCCUCAUGGCACUAGGGGCCGUCUUCGCUGUUCCUGCGGCGCCUGUUAUACUUAGGCGCGCGGGCAUGGACGGCUGGUCAGGCCUCCCGAGCUUCAGCGACCUCUUCACGUGGUGGUCGUCGCCCGACCCCGCGGCUCUCACGUGGGCGGACAAGAACGACGCCGGCGCCGCCUUCUACGAGGACAACGAAGGGGGCUACUACUACAACGGCGGCGGCGAGGGACUCUACUACGACUCCGAGGGCUACGCGGUGCCUGCGCCGGGAGGUAACGAGUACUACACGGAUGGCCAGUACCAGUACUACAGCUACGACACGACGGGCAGCGGCAGCGAGGACGCCCACCAGUACACCGACUCUCAGGGCAACAUCGUCGCCUCCGCGCCCGCGCCCAUGCCCGCCCACGGUGGGUACCUCGUCCACGCCUCUCGGGCAGACCAGGCGGCGAGCACCCGCGCCCCGGCGAGGGGGCCGCCCCACGGCAUGAAGCGCCCGCUCUGGAAGAGGAACAAGAACAGGAGGAAGGACACCGUGGACGGACACGAAUACGUCACCCUCGAGGAGAUCAACCGCAUCGGCGACGAGUCCAUGCGCAUCCUGAGCGACCUCGCCCAGGGACACUUCGAGCGGCGCCGGGGCCCUGCUCCCCACGCGCCCCAGCAGACCUUCCGCCGUCGCCAGCAGCAGACGUAUGGUGGGGAGCACCAGCAGGAGCGCCAGCAGUAUCAGUACGCCCCUCAGCCCAGCUACGAGCAGGGCCAGGAGCUGUUCACGCAGAGCUACGCGACGCAGGAAGCCGAGGGGGAGUACGACCCCAGCACGGGCGCCGAGGGACACCCCUACCGCUUCAGCCUGACCGACGAGGCUCAGCAGGCAGGGCAGGGCGACGCGGGCAGCCACCACCAGGAGCAGGAGAGGCCCCAGGGCGGUUACAGCAGGCACAACCUCGGAUACCUGUAUGCGGGUGCCGAGGCCGAGGAGGACGUCGGGAGCCCAAGGACGAGCCAAGACGCCCCCCUCAAGAUGGCCGAGGAGGACUUCCCUUACAAGUUCCACAAGGAGGACUAG